AUGUCUCUAGCAACGCUCCCAACAAAAACUUCAUAUCCAAUCACAACCCCUUCGUCUCCGCCACCAGUUCCAGAUAACUGGCCGCGAUGCCUUUACAAUGAGGAGCAGAUUGCGCAAUUGGAUCAGCUAAAGGAGCUGGUACCACCACUGCUGACAACUGGAGACGAGCGUACGGAAGAGGAGGCAUGGUGUGAUGAUGCUUGUUUACUAAGGUACCUGAGAGCGACCAAGUGGAAUGUACCCGCGGCAGCGAAAAGGUUAGAGAAUACCCUCAUCUGGCGACGCGAGUACAAGCCGCAUAAGAUUGAUCCUGCGGAAGUAGAGGAAGAGGCGAAAAUGGGAAAGCAGAUUGUUUCUGGAUUUGACCUGCAAGGAAGGCCGUUGAUCUACAUGAUUCCGCGAAAGGAGCACACAAAGACCUACGACCGGCAACUUCGCUUUGUCGUCUUCAACCUUGAGAGAGCAAUACGUGCCAUGCCGCCAGGAGUAGAGUCUUUGAACCUCGUAAUUGACUACGAAGGAGUGUCCGUACGCACAUCGCCUCCGUCCUCUCAAGCCAAGAAAGUAUUGGCCAUUCUUGGGGAUCAUUAUCCCGAGCGAUUGGGAAUGGGCUUUAUGAUAAAUCCCAGCUGGUACCUCUGGGUUUUCUUCAAGAUCAUCGGCCCAUUCCUCGAUCCAAUCACCCGCUCCAAAAUUCACUUUGUUAACCUUAAGAAGCAAGCCGAUUUUAAUACUAACACUAAUGAAGGGGAAUCAGGGAAAGAAGUCGAAGGAAUGGGAGGAUGGACGAACAUCCGUUAUUACAUUGGACCUGACCAGUUACUCAAGGAGUAUGGGGGUGAAGUAGAGUAUGAACAUGUUCACGAUAUCUACUGGAAAGCAAUUACAGCGUGA